AUGUCGCGGGCGCGCGGGUCUACCGACGUCAUCGGCUGGCCCUACGGCACCCGGCAGCCAGGCCAGCUUCGCCCACCAAAAAGCCUGCUUGGUGGUGCGCAACAGUGCACCUUCAUCUACAGAUUAGUAAAAUUGGAAGGACCUGUCGCGCUGCCUGUAAUCGCCGCGCGACAAUGCGAAUCAGAAACACCACCAUGGUCAACUUCUAACUCUGUCCCUGCAUAUCAGCGCUACAUCACGCCACUACUGCAGUCACGCCACUCGUGCUAUUUCGCGCCCUACAAACGCAUCUUCGCCGUCUCCAUGCCGUCGCCUGGUGCUUCUUUGACGGGCAGAAUUUUCAAGGUCUUGUCUGGGUCCUAA